GGGUUUACCGGAGUGUCUCUCUCAGAGCUCUUCUCGGUAACCCACUUCAUCCUGCCCUUAUCUCCGCGGAAAGGGCCCCGAACCGUGCCUCGGAGCGAGCGUCCACCGGAGUUGGCACGCCCCUCCGCACCCCGCUGAGGCUCGGCGAGGACCCGGCCGGAGCUGCCGUCGCCUCGUCGCCAUGGCGCCCACCAUCCAGACUCAGGCCCAGCGGGAGGAUGGCCACAGGCCCAAUUCCCACCGCACUCUGCCUGAGAGGUCUGGAGUGGUCUGCCGAGUCAAGUACUGCAACAGCCUCCCUGACAUCCCCUUUGAUCCCAAGUUCAUCACCUACCCCUUCGACCAGAACAGGUUUGUCCAGUACAAAGCAACGUCUCUGGAGAAGCAGCACAAACAUGAUCUUCUGACUGAGCCAGACCUGGGGGUCACCAUCGACCUCAUCAACCCUGAUACCUAUCGCAUCGACCCCAAUGUACUCCUAGAUCCAGCUGACGAGAAGCUUCUGGAAGAGGAGAUUCAGGCCCCUACCAGCUCUAAGAGAUCCCAGCAGCACGCGAAAGUGGUUCCAUGGAUGCGAAAGACAGAAUACAUCUCCACUGAGUUCAAUCGUUACGGCAUUUCCAAUGAGAAGCCUGAGGUCAAGAUUGGGGUUUCUGUGAAGCAGCAGUUCACGGAGGAAGAAAUCUACAAAGACCGGGAUAGCCAGAUUACGGCAAUCGAGAAGACUUUUGAGGAUGCCCAGAAAUCAAUAUCCCAGCAUUAUAGCAAGCCCCGCGUAACACCUGUGGAAGUCAUGCCUGUCUUCCCAGACUUUAAGAUGUGGAUUAACCCAUGUGCUCAAGUCAUCUUUGACUCAGACCCAGCCCCUAAGGACACAAGUGGAGCUGCUGCACUGGAAAUGAUGUCUCAGGCCAUGAUCAGGGGCAUGAUGGAUGAGGAGGGCAAUCAGUUUGUGGCCUACUUCCUGCCGGUGGAUGAGACACUGAAGAAGCGAAAGCGGGACCAAGAGGAAGAGAUGGACUAUGCCCCAGAUGAUGUGUAUGACUACAAGAUUGCUCGGGAGUACAACUGGAAUGUGAAGAACAAAGCUAGCAAGGGCUAUGAGGAAAACUACUUCUUCAUCUUCCGAGAGGGCGAUGGGGUUUACUACAACGAGCUGGAGACCAGGGUCCGCCUGAGUAAGCGCCGGGCCAAGGCUGGAGUUCAGUCGGGUACGAAUGCUCUGCUUGUGGUCAAACAUCGGGAUAUGAAUGAGAAAGAACUGGAAGCCCAGGAGGCACGGAAGGCCCAGCUAGAGAACCACGAGCCAGAGGAAGAAGAGGAAGAGGAGAUGGAGACAGAGGAGAAAGAAGCUGGGGGCUCAGAUGAAGAACGAGAGAAGAGCAGCAGUGAGAAGGAGGCCAGUGAGGACGAGCGCUCAGAGCACUCUGGCAGUGAGAGUGAGCGUGAGGAAGGUGACAGGGAAGAGGCAAGCGACAAGAGCGUGAGUGGCGAGGAGGAAAGCAGUGAGGAUGAGGCGCGAGCCGCCCGGGACAAGGAGGAAAUCUUCGGCAGCGAUGCAGAUUCGGAGGAGGAUGCGGACUCGGAUGAGGAGGACAGAGGACAGGCCCGUGGCAGCGACAAUGAUUCUGAUAGUGGCAGUGAUGGGGGUGGCCAGCGCAGCCGCAGUGCCAGCCCUUUCCCCAGUGGCAGCGAGCACUCGGCCCAGGAUGGCAGCGAGGCGGCAGCGUCCGAGUCCAGCGAGGCUGACAGUGACAGUGACUGAGUCCCAGGCUGUAGGCUGGCACCCAUGCAGGAAGGCACUUUGCCAGUUACUUGCUUGCCAGCCCUCGGUGGCAUCUGUUUCCCUCCCCUGAGCCUUUGUUAAUAAACUACACUUUCCCUCCUGA